AACCAAUUAGCCAUAUAAAAAAACGCACCAAGAGACGGAAACUUCAACUUUACCAUGAUCUUUUAAACAUAAUCAAGUCAAGACAAUAGCUACUAUGCCGCUCCCCCGUCCCCAUCCCGGUUCUCCUCCACCUCAACCUCCUUACCCUCUAGACUCUUCGCCUGGCCCAUACAUACCGUCCACGGACGAACACCAACGGUCAUGGCGCCCAAGCAACCACGCCAAGCUCGAGAGGAAGCACAUCGAUUCCUCCUCGGGCCCGUACACAUUCCUCUCGUACUUCGACACGGUCUUUCUGAUCGACGAUUCAGCCGCGAUGGCCGAGCACUGGGACGCAGUCGGCAAGCUGCUAGACCAGAUCUGCACGAUCUGCGCGGAGCAUGACCGUAACGGCAUUGAUAUUUAUUUCGUGAACCACCGGCCGCGCGGAUACUACUUAUACGCGACGAUCGGGCAGAAGAGGCAACGCGGAGGCUACUUCAACAUUGGGAAGACGACGGACGACGCGUCCAGCGACAAUCGCGACAACGUGGCGGGUAUCUUUCGGGCAGUUAAACCUCACGGGCAUUGUCGCCUCGACCACAGAUUGGGCGCGAUCUUGGGUCCGUAUAUGAAGGAGUACACGCGACGGGUUAAGGACGGCGUUCCCCAGGCGGAAAAUUUGAGGCCACUGAACCUCAUCGUGAUCACGGCGGGCGUGACAGACGAUAAUCCUUACGAUACGCUGAUUGAGACCGCGCGAUCGUUAGACUCGUGCCAUGCGCCGCCGUACCAGGUUGGCGUGCAGUUCUUCCGUGUCGGGGAUAAUGACGAUGGUCGGAGAGCGAUGGAAUUCGCGGAUAACGGUAUGGCACAGACGUUGAACCUGAGAGACAUGGUGGACACGGUGACGUGGACCAGUGACCCGGGAGAUUUGGCGCCAGAUGCCGUGUUGAAGGUCGUGCUAGGUGCGGUGGAGAGGUCCAUUGACAAACCCGUGUAAUAUGUCACAUUAGGGGGAUAUAUGAGCAAAAAGAGAGUAGAAGAUGAGAGAACUUGGAUUGAUAAAGCAUAAAGGGAGAAUCUCGUUCAGUAUCAUAUCUCAUAUAUAGCAAAAAAUAACGAGUUACUUGACCCAUACCAUCCGGUCCC